AUGCCGGCUUCCAGCUCCGGCACGCGUCCGUCGGUGCCUUCACGCAGCGGGCCUCGAGCUCCUGUUGGGCGCCUGGCCAGUCUGAAGCCUCCCUCAAAUCCAAUUCCUAUCAAACGCCCCCAGGCAGCUGGGCGUCCUCAGCAGACCCGGCCAACGACACACCCCAAGACCUCGAACUGUCCCAACCCCGGGUGUCCAGCCCCCCAUAUUGUCGAAGAUGAAGGACAGAAGGUGUGUUCUGGGUGUGGUACUGUCAUCAGCGAAGCCAACAUCGUGUCGGAAGUCACGUUCGGCGAAUCGGCCUCCGGUGCAGCGGUCGUCCAAGGCACGUUCGUUGGAGAAGACCAGACCCACGUUCGCAGCUAUGGCCCGGGUUUUCAGCGCGGAGGUGCUAUGGAAAGCCGGGAGAUAACUGAGCAAAACGGAAACCGUUACAUCAACCAGCUCUCACGGGCCCUGAAUAUCCCCGAGAGUGCAACCAAGGCUGCAGGGCAAGUCUUCAAGCUUGCGGUUGGCUUGAACUUCAUUCAAGGUCGCCGAACAAAGACGGUGGCUUCGGUGUGUCUGUACAUUGCUUGUCGGCGACAGAACGGGAACACGGUCAUGCUGAUCGAUUUCGCUGAUGUGCUGAUGAUCAAUGUCUUCAAACUCGGUCGAACCUACAAAGCCCUGCUCGACGAGCUUCGGCUGGGAGGUAACGUCUUUCAGAUGAAUCCAGUCGACGCUGAAAGUUUGAUCUAUCGUUUUGCGAAGCAAUUGGAGUUUGGUGCAGCGACGAUGCAGGUGGCUGGUGACGCAGUCCGCAUUGUCCAGCGAAUGAACCGUGACUGGAUGUCGACCGGCCGACGUCCCGCUGGUCUCUGUGGUGCAGCAUUGAUUCUUGCCGCACGCAUGAAUAAUUUCCGCCGUACGACCCGUGAAGUUGUUUAUGUCGUGAAAGUGACCGAGGUCACCAUCUCCCAGCGUCUGAAUGAGUUUAGUUCCACGGACAGUGGAGAACUCACAGUUGACCAGUUCCGCUCCGUCCAGCUGGAGAGCUCCCAUGACCCUCCCGCUUUCGCUCGUUCCAAGGAAGGCCGAAGGCCGAGUCGCAUCAAGCGGAAGACUGCAGAGACCGCAGCGGAGAUCGAAGGCGACUGGCCCGGGGGUACUCCCGAUCCCAUGCAGCCACCGCGUGUCGACGCCGACGGGUUUGCCAUCCCCAGUCUCCCAAUCGACCCUGCCCUGACAGAGUCUGGCCAGAGCCGGCGGGUCCCGGUCAGUAAGGCUGUCGACGAAGUCAUUGCAGAUACGGAGCAAGAAAGCGAAAAGUCCAAGGGCAAAUCCAAGAAACGCGAGCCCCUUCCGCCUCCCUCUGCGGAGCAGGUUGCAGCUGAAGAAGCAUUGGAGGUGGAGAUGAAUGAGUAUCUGACCAAGGGCUCCAAUAUGAUUGAGAGCGUAAUGGCACCCGCUGAGCCGGCCCGGAAACCCGUCUCGGACAGCGUGGAUAUUGAUGCUACGGAGUUUGAAGAUGAUCCCGAGGUUGCUAACUGCCUCCUGUCACCGGGUGAAGUCGACAUCAAAGAACGCAUUUGGGUGCAUGAGAACAAGGAAUAUCUCCGCACCCAGCAGGCCAAGGCGCUGAAGAGAGCACUGGCCGAAGCUACCCACGGUCCGACCUCCCACAAACCCCGCAAGCGCCGCCGAGGUCGAAUGGGCGAUGUCACCUAUCUUGAAGGCGAUGGCGAAAAUACGGAUGGACGCAGCUCUCGCGCCUCGACGCCUGCCGAGGCGACACGGCGGAUGUUGGAGCGACGGGGUUACAGCAAGAAGAUCAACUACUCUCUCCUCGAGUCCCUGUACGGCCAAGAAGGCAAGGAAGAGGCUGAAAAGGCCAAGUCGGAGGCCCUGAGCCGGAGUCAGAGCCGCAGCCAGAGUAUCGCAAGCCGCCGCAGUGCCAGCAUCGAACCGGAAGCAAUGUCACGACGUGCACGGUUGGCAACCCCUUCGAAAUCGGGCCGAACACCGGCCCCAGGACGCAUUGCAGCGGCUCAGCCCACUCCGCCGCCCACGGCACCCGCCCCCAGCGGCCCAGUGGAGAAUGAAGAACCGGAUGCAGAUGACUACGAUGAAGAGGAGGAUCAAGACGAGGAUGAUGGCGAUGACGGGGUUGAUGCCGCAUUCGCAGGCCAGUAUGGGGAUUACUAUGACCAGGGCAGUGACGAUGACGAAGACUAUGAUUAG